GACGAACUGAACGAAUCCGACCCGUGCAAGUUUCCUCGUUCCCCCCUGUGACUGUGACCGGGUCCUUGUCCCACUGCCAAAAAGCAAAAGCGGCCCCCCUUCUCAAAAGACAGUUUCUUUCCUUCCUUCUUCGUGUCGCUGUUCUUAUUCUGUCUCUCUGUUUCUCUCUCUCUCUCUCUCCCUCUCUCUUUCUGACAUUAUUAUUCUCCUCCUCCUCGUCAAUCCCAAACCCCACUUAGAUUUUACCAAUUUUUUUCUUUUCAUUUUCGCCGAAUGCACUAAUGGAGUUCGCAGCGGAGGAGUAGAGGGAAUGCCACCUAAUCCAUCCAAACCCAACAGUCUCUUCCCCCCCUCCUCUUUAAAUCGACGGGUUCAGUCGACGCUGCUUCUCAAGCUGUCCGGAACUCGCCGGUCUUCCUUCUUGAAUCUCCGAAAGUUCCGAACUUGAGGCCUCCCCGGGAUUCUUCGUGCUCAAGAAACCGUUCUUGAGCUUCUGGGUAUGCCCCAUGAUGGCCUCCCGUGAAAUGUCCCACGUCGAUUUGGAGCGGGGCGAAGCCCACGAACACCACCGCCACCACGAUGUCGGGGGCAGCGACGACGACGACGACGACAGCGUGUGUUUCUCCGACGCCGACGACGGCAGCGGCUCGUGCUACUCCCAGUUCUACUCCACCGCCGGGGGGUCCUACGACGAGUGCGCCUUCGCCGGCGUGCUGGACGAGGACUACGACGUCGAGGGCGGGUCGGGGAGGCCGUCGUCGGCGUCGGAUUGCUCGGUGGUGGCGGAGGGAGGAGGGAGGGUGGUGAGGGUGCAUCUGGCGAGAGCGGAGGGAGGAGGGAGGGUGGUGAAGAUGCUUUUGGCGAGAGCGGAGAGAGAGAGGGAUUGCAGGAUUUGCCAUUUGGGGUUGGAGAGCAACAGCCGCGAGUCCGGGGCCCCGAUCCAAUUGGGCUGUUCUUGCAAGGGCGAUUUGGGUGCUGCCCACAAGAAUUGUGCAGAGGCCUGGUUCAAGAUCAAGGGAAACAAGACCUGUGAGAUCUGUAACUCCAUUGCGCGGAACAUUGCUGGUGUCAAUGAGGUAGAGUCUGCCGAGCAGCCGACCAAUGAGAUUGACAUUCCCCCAGCCCCGUCGGCCAUCCCAGCCACCCCAACAUUGCCCUCGGAGACCCGGAACUUCUGGCAGGGCCACCGCUUCUUGAAUUUGCUGCUAGCUUGCAUGGUAUUUGCGUUUGUCAUAUCGUGGCUUUUCCACUUCAAUGUGCCAUCAUCGUAGAGACUCGGGUCGCCGCCGCAUUCUCUUCACACGUGAAAAAAUCAAGGAAUGUAGUAGCAGUCGCUUUUACAAGUAAAAUUUACAGAAAGUGAAAAAAGGGAAAGUAGGGAAUUUUUCCAUUUACCUCAUCUUCAAAGCAAUUUACAUAUGGAGUUGUUUUGUGCAUUUUUAGUGUGUUCCUCCAUGGACAAUUGGACGUGCAUGUUUAUGGGAGUGUUUUCUCAUGAUUCAAGAGCGUACGAGCUUAUUGAUUUUCUUCCUUCCUUGCCUUUGACAUUACACGUGGUUUGGCACUAAAA